UGGUGAUGACAUAUACUGUUCAAAUGGUAUGCACCUGCUUCAAGUCAAACUUUCCGGAGGCAUGCGAAGACCUUUUGUCUUAUACUCAGAUAAAGACACGAUACAUGGUGUACUUUACAUUAACAGAAAAGACCAAUAUCCUGUUGUAACUAUUAAUUCAAACUAUUAUGUAGUGGAUUAUGGAAGUUCGAUGACUACUGACUGCUCAUUCCAAACUUCUGAAUGGAAUCCUGUUCGUGAAAUAUAUUGGCAUUUCAAUAACAGUGGAGUAAUAACACGGAUUGUAAAAGGAACCGAGAGAAUAUCAGGAAGUUCAAUCGAAACACCAUCUCUCACAAUUUUCAAUGCGACAUCAUCUGAAUCGGGAACAUACACCUGUUACGUGAGAAAUGAUAUUGGAACAGGACAUAGUAUACCAAUAUAUGUUAAAAUAACAGGAGAUGUGCCAAUUGUGUUUGUCGGAAAUAGAAAUUAUCCAAUAGGGUACGGCGAAAAAAUAACAUUAUUCUGUAACAUAUCAUCUGAACCUCCUGCUAAUAAUGUUUAUUGGGAGAAAGUAGUCAAUGGAACUAAACACAUACUGAAUAAUUGGACAGUUGGUAUUCAAGGCGUUUCUGUAGACACGCCAUCGAUUACUAUAGCGGAAAGUACUACUGCAGAUAUAGGAACGUACAGAUGUGUAGCUAUAAAUGAUGUUGGGACUGGUUAUGGUGCAACCAUACUGUUGGGCUUUAUGUUGGAUACGAGAAAUUGUUGGGAGUGA